GUGUUUCGUAUCUCCCUAUACACACAACUUUCUCCGAUACAUGAAAUCAAGAACUGGAAGAACCUGGAGGCUGGAGCGUGUAAAUGGCUCUCCGUGAAUGUUUACAGAUUCAGUGUUUCUUCCCAUUUCAAAAACCACCGGACCGAACUCCUCAUAGGCAACUCCAUAAUGGUCAACCCUUUCGUGUUUGGUCUUCUAAACUUGGAGUCUUAUCCACCACCCAUCAAGCGUUCGACGAAAUUCCUCUGUCAGAUACCUUUGCUUGGAACACCCUUGUACAAAGCCAUCUCAGCGAUGGAGAUCCCGAACGGGCUAUGUUGAUCUAUCAUCACAUGCUUCUGCGAGGAGUCCGUCCCGAUAAACAUACUCUCCCUCGCAUUUUAACUGCUUCUCGUCUUUCGGGCAGCUUGUUUUAUGGAAAACAGAUUCAUGGGCAAGCUCUGAAGCUUGGGUUUGGUCCCGAUGAGUAUGUGUUGUCAGCUUUAAUGUCAAUGUAUGGGCAUCUUGACAGUGCUGAUACCGCACAAUACUUGUUUAGCCAAUCCUCUCGGAGGAACAAGGUCUCUUGGACUUUGCUGGUUGGGUUAUACAUCAAGGAAGAUAAACCCAAGUCGGCCAUUGAUACCUUUCUCCAAAUGGUGAGUCUGGGCUUUGAGGUUGAUGAUGUUGCAUUGGUAACUGUUAGCGGAGCCUGUGGGCGUCUAAAAUCACUACAGGAAGGAAGAAAGGUACAUGAGAUUGCGAGGAGGCUAGGAUUAGAAUCCAAUGUUUUAGUGAGCAAUUCACUCUUGAAAAUGUACCUUGAUUGUAACAGCAUUAGAGAUGCUCGUUUAGUUUUUGAUCGAAUGCGCUCCAAAGAUGCCAUUUCAUGGACAGCUAUUGUUCGUGGUUAUGUGAAGAAUGGGGGAUUCAAUGAAGGCCUUAAACUGUUCCGAUCAAUGAAUUUUGAAGGGAUAAAACCAGAUUCAUUGACGGUCUCUAGUGUUCUUCCUGCUUGUGCAAGAAUAUCCGCAAGUAAACAUGGGAAAGAGAUUCAUGCAUAUGUAAUAAGAAACAAUAUCAACUUAAAUGUAACAGUCCAAAAUGCAAUGAUGGACAUGUAUGCAAAAUCAGGAUUCCUGGAAUAUGCUUCAGAGGUUUUCGCAAGAAUGGGGGAGAAAGAUGCUAUCUCUUGGACUGUAAUGAUUUUGGGUUAUAGCUUACAUGGACAAGGGGAGCUGGCAGUUGAAUUGUUCCGGGAAGUGGAAAAACAUGGAGGAAUAGAACCAGAUCAGAUCAUGUAUGUUGCACUCCUGCAUGCUUGUUGCACCGCGCGGAUGGUUGAGGAGGGAAGAUCUUACUUCAAUCACAUCACGGCGCCCAAGGUUGACCACUACGCUUUAAUGGUUGCUCUAUUGGCUCAAGCAGGGCACUUCGAUGAAGCUAGGGCCUUUAUUAAGGAGUACCAGAUUGAACGGCAUGCAGAGGUUCAAAGAGCACUGCUUAAUGGGUGCAGGCUCCACCGAAACAUGAACAUAGCUAAACGAGUCAUUGAUCAGCUGAUUGAGUUGGAACCUCUAAAUGCUGAGAAUUAUGUUGUACUGUCUAACUUUUAUGCUGCUAGCACGAAAAUGGAUAUGCUCAUCAGAUUGAAAGAAGUUAUUCGAGAUAUGGGUUUGAAGCCAAGGAAAGCUUAUAGCUGGAUUGAGGUCCAGAACAAGUUUCAUGUGUUUGGGGUGGGGGAUGUCUCCCACCCAAGAUCAGUGAGGAUAUAUGAGGAAUUACAGGGCUUAAUGAAGAAAAUGGAAGAGCAAGAAGGUUAUGUGCCUGAUGCAGAUUUCAGCCUCCAUGAUGUGGAUGAAGAGAGAGAGUGCAUUCCAAUUGGGCAUAGUGAAAUGUUGGCCAUCUCUUUUGGCCUGAUCAGUAUGCAGGGAAGGGCAACCAUUCGUGUUACCAAGAACCUCCGGGUAUGCCGUAACAGCCACAAUUUUGCUAAGUUCAUCUCAAAGAUUGUUGGGCGAGAGAUCCUUUUGAAGGAUCCCAAUUAUUUCCACCAUUUCAAGGAUGGGUUUUGUUCAUGUGGAGACUUUUGGUGAUUCUGGUUUGACCUGUAUGCUCCAUCUCUUUCUCUUUUUCUUUUUAGUCUGUUGGUUGUUCAAAACCUAUUGCUACUGCUGUGUGGAGACAAUCAAUGAAGAAGAGAGAACCAAUUCAAACUUCUGGGAUCGAGGAAAAGUAUCUGAAUUUCAAGAACUAAUGGCCGCUUCUGAAUAGAAUGAUUCAGAAGGAAGACAUUGACAGGCCCCAUAGUCUAACUGCCAAUGAGAUUGAACAGCAUUCGGAAACACAAGGUUACAAAUAGAUGUUGUUGAAGUGGCUUAUCUGUGUAGAUGGUUCCUGAUUUCACUUCUAUCUGGUUAUGACAAAUGAGGCAAUAAAAGUUC